UAGUCAUUCAGCGAAACAACAUGGCCGCUAAACUCAUACUCUUGGUCUGCAUCUCAGCUCUUGCUCAGUCUGCUAUGGGCAUCGGUUGUGGCUGCGGUGGACGUGGCUACGGAGGUCUUGGAUACGGAGGUCCCGGGUACGGUGGACUCGGAUAUGGUGGGCUCGGAUAUGGUGGCUACGGCGGUCUCGGAGGAGGAUGUGGCCGAGGCUUCUCAGGUGGAAGCCUUCCUGUAGCAACCUCCUCUGCCGCCCCUACUGGUCUGGGUGUCGCAUCCGAAAACGAAUACGAAGGUACUGUCGCUGUCUGCGGUAACCUGCCUUUCCUAGGCUCCGCUCUAGUAGAGGGCGUCUUCCCCACUGCGGGUCUUGGCGGUAUCUUCUACGGCUGCGGCGAUGGCUUCGUCGGCAUCACCGCUGAGAGAGGUAACGGUUAUGCUGGUGGUCUGGGCUACGGUGCCGGAUAUGAUGGCAUCGGCUACGGCGCUGGAUAUGGUCUUGGCUACGCCGGAAACGGAUGCGGUUGCGGCUAUGGUGGAAUCUAGUGAUUAACCAACCAACUAAUCAUGUACCGAUAAAAUCUGCAUACAAUAAACAUAUUUUGAUUUA